AUGUGCACUAUGCUAGUCAAAGCCUGUAAGAGAUGCUCGUUCAAACGGGUUAUGCCGGUGCACAAAGCUCAGCCGCAACAACGAACUUUCACUGACAUGGUUAGAUCUGAAGAGACCAGCAUUCCACACCUAGUCAAGAUCGAUGAUGAAGAUGAACUUUAUGAGGAGAUAUUACACAUGGUUAAUGAUGUUCACGGAUUAUUAUCAGUGACAAUCACCUAUACUCUCAAUUUACAGAUCUCUCUCACGGCCACGCUGAGCUGA